GCCAGCGAUGGCUUCGCUCGGUCAGGAGCACCGCUAUGGGCUCUCCUGUGGAAAAAAUAACAGAAACAGCCCCAGCAGGACGCUGUAUCAUGUCAAGCUCACGGACACGGCCAUCAAAGCGCUGGAGGCUUAUCAAAACCUCAAGGGAUCUUUGCCAAUUGAACCAUCAAUUUGUUUCAAAGGAAACCAGGGGUACAUCAAGAUCCCAGCUCCCACACCGGAGUCACUAUCUGCUCUUCGCGUCUUCUCAUUCUACUUAUCCAGCGACAGCAAAGACCAGCCUCAGGCCAGCUUUGACUGCAUCCAUCAAUAUGUUUCAAGUGACGGCCGUGAGCAGCUGGAAGGUCAGGGCGUCAUCCAGGAUAAGAUCACUGUGUGUGCCACCGACGACUCCUACCAGAUGACCCGUGAGAGGAUGUCUCAGGUGGAGAAGGACAGCUGGAGCCGCUCUGCCAUUGAGAUCAAACCUGGAGCCACACAUCCAAGUAAAUGUGUCAAGUUCAGCAAGAGGCCAGCUCCUCCCUCUGCGUCAGACAUCAGCUUCUAUAAGCAGUCUACCAACAACCGGAGGAAUGGCGGUAUGUCCACGUCGGCCCAGAAGCCCCUGAGGGAGCGCAUCAUCCACCUGCUGGCUCUCAAACCCUACAGGAAACCAGAGCUGCUGCUGUGGCUGGAAAGAGAAAGAGCCGGCCCCAAGGACAAGGCCGAACUGAGUCCAAUACUGGAGGAGGUGGCAAAAGUAAAUCCCAAAGACAGCAGCUACCUGCUGAGGGAUGACUUCUACAAGCACGUGCAGAGGGACUGGCCAGGCUACAGCGAGGAGGAGAGACAGCUGAUCAGCAGGCUGCUGGCCAGGAAGUUGCAGCCGCAGAUUAGCAACCAAUCAAGAAAUCUUCAAGCAAGCACGUCAAUACUAAAGGCCACAGAAGAUACGACACUACAUCACAGCACAAUGAAAAAUCCUGCCGUGAAACGCCCCGUGCCUUUUGACUCACUGGAAAGGCUAGCUGUUAAGAGACAAAAACUUGCGGACCAGAGGUUGCAACAGCAGCCCACUGUAAACGGACUCUUAAACAAUAAAGGAGGACAUGACAGUGCAACUCCUGCCCUUAACCCCAGCUUCCACACAAAGACUGAGUUUCAAAGGACAACUAACCAUACUGGUAACCAGAAUGGCUCACCAGGGGACCACAAUGGCCUUCCUCUCAUGCACAAACUGUCUAGCACCUCUGACGCACCUGUUUCAGAGAGCAGGGAGCAAGAACCCAAAGUAAGCAGCCAUCAGCCACCGCAGGCCGACUCUGACUGCACUCACCAGCAGGUCGCAAACAGCCAGCACAGAAAGAAGAAAUCUAAAAAGCACAAAGACAAGGAGCGGGAAAGGUUAAAAGACAACCAGGGCAGUGAUUGGUUGGAGUCAAGCCUUGAUCUUAAGCAGAACCCAGACAAACUUGACAAUCCUGACAUCACAAAUGCUGUGGCCUCUGAGGAGAAGCCGGAUUAUGUUCUCACUUACGGCACCAUAAUGAAUUUGGAGCAACGUCAGAGAUACCAGGAAGAUUUCUGCGCUGAGUAUGAUGAGUACAAAGACCUCCACUCCCGGAUCGCCACCAUAACUCACAUGUUUGUUCAGCUAGGAUCCAAGAUCAAGAGCCUGUCCCCUGGCACAAAAGACUAUAAGAUAAUGGAAGACCAAAUCCUGGAAAAGUACAACAAGUAUCGUAAGAAGUUCCCAGGCUACCGGGAGGAGAAGAAACGCUGCGAGUAUCUCCAUGAGAAACUGUCCUACAUCAAACAGCUCAUCGUGGACUAUGAUGUCUCUCCUGCUUCUUCGUAGCAAAGGCUGCCAACCCCCUCCCACACACAUGUUGACAUCAGAUUUGUUUUAAAUGGAAACCCUUUCUUUGCAUAAACAACACAGGUAUCAAACAAACAAAGCGUUUUUACCUGAGAGUAAUAUAAAAGCAGUGUUUUCCAUACAUUGAUUUAUUUGUGGUGGUCUGCCACAAUAUUAACACUGACCGCCACUUAUAGAAUUUCUUUUUCUUUCUUCUUCUUUUUUUUCUUUAUUAUUUUCAAAUGGGUAACAUUUCCUCCUCGCCCUGCUCUCUCUCUCUCUCUCUCUCUCUCUCUCUCUCUCUCUCUCUCUCUCUCUCUCUCUCUCUCUCUCUCUCUCUCUCUCUCAAACACAGACACACACACACACACAGAAACACAUUGACAGCAAACAUUGACUGGAAUCUAAUUCUGAACACUGAUAAAAGGUUUUGGAUGAAGCCGCAGGCGUCAGCACGGACUGCUUACUUACUUAUGAGUCAAGAACAGAUUUCGCUCUGGUAUUUGUAAGUCUAUUUGUAUUGAAGUUAUCGUUUCUUUCAAAUGUUAUGUUAAUGUGAAAAGUCAGAGGGAGAAGCAAAGAUAGUCUUGGGAUUAGAAGAUUUAUGCGUCUGUGCUCAUCACAAUGCCAAGACAGACAGUUUCCCAAACAGUUUUUACCAGCCUUUUCAAAACCAAUAUCAGUGUACGCCAUUUUAUUGGAAAUAUGUAAAAAGUAGCAAAUGUGACUUUAACUUAUUCACUUUGUUCUUGACACAUUAAGUCAAACAUUGCUGCAGGCAAGUUUGCAAUUUCCUUUUUUCUUUUUUUUUUCUUUUUUAUUUAAACAUUUCAAUAUGCAGCAUAGAAAAGAGUACUUUUAAAAGUUCCAUAUCGAAGUUGCCUGACACAAGAUUGAAGCAGCCCACUGCAAAAAAAAAAAAACUGAAAUGUUUAAGUCAUUUCAUCUUAUAUUCAGCCUUCACAUCUUAUUAUGCAAAUGG